CUAUUUCGUUUCGGGAGUUCACUACUCCCUCACGCUUCUGGCGUUCCACCAUCUCUCUCUCUCUCUCUCUCUCUCUCUCUCUCUCUGAAGUUUGUGUCAGAGGUGCUAUUGGUUCAAUAAAGUUGUCGUAUUCGCAUAAUUCAAGGAGCUGUGACUUGUGUCCAUUUUGAUGGGUGAUAGUUCAGAUGAGUCCUUGGAUAUUAGUGAUUCUGAAGUUGGUGAGUAUGAAGAGAAAUUUUAUUUGAAGCUAAAGAAGGGAGAUGUUAGAGUAAAACACGCGGACAAUGCAUACAGAUGCCCAUUCUGUGCGGGGAAGAAGAAGCAAGACUACCAUUACAAAGAUUUACUUCAACAUGCCACUGGCAUCGGUAAUUCUCAUAGAGGUGGAAAAGUCAAGGCAAAUCACCUAGCAUUGGCAAGGUUCUUGAAGAAUGACCUACCUGACACAGGAGGGCCAUCCCAGAAACCAUUAUCUAUUGGGCAGCAGCCAGUUCCUAAGCCCAAGAAUGAAGAAAAAUUUGUAUGGCCAUGGGCUGGAAUCCUCGCUAAUGUCCCCAUAGAGAAGCAAAUGGAUGGACGCUAUGUUGGUGAGAGUGGAAAUAGAAUCAAGGACAGGCUUUCCAGAUUUAAUCCUCUGAAAGUUAUCCCAAUUUGGGGUUACCAUGGUCACUCGGGCUAUGCAAUUGUUGAAUUCAGCAAGGACUGGAGUGGUUUCAACGAUGCCAUGGCUUUUGAGAAACAUUUUGAAUCAGAUCAUUGUGGGAAGCAGGAUUUCGAUCGAAGAAGGAGACAUCACCGGCAGCAAUCAUACCUUUAUGGAUGGGUUGCUCGAGCCGAGGAUUACCACUCUAGGGAUCCAUUCGGUAACCAUCUACGGAAGAAUGGGGACUUGAAAACUGUUUCUGAAAUUACUGAUGAGGAACAAAGGAAGACUGGUAAACUUGUGAAAAAUCUAGCUAACGUGAUAGAGGCAAAGAACAAGCAUUUGCUAGAUUUGGAAUGCAAAUUCACGCAGACGACCAUGUCUCUUGAGAAGAUGAUUGAAGAUCAUGACAAAUUGCAGCACCAACAUAACAAAGAAAUAGAAAAGCUGCAGCGGGAAGCUAGUGAGCAUUCACGUAAGGUUAUAUUGGAGAAUGGAAAACUGAAGUCGGAGCUGGAAACUAAAAGGAAACAACUUCACACCAGAUCCAGACAACUUGAUAAACUAGUUGCUCAAACUGACGCUGAGAGAAAGAAGCUUGAUGAUGAGAGGCAGAAGAAUGCAAUGAUUAACAGCUCACUUCAAAAGGCAACUGAUGAGCAGAAGAUGGCUGAUGAGAAUGUCUUGAAGCUUCUUGAAGAGCAGAAGAGGGAGAGGAUGAUUAAUAACGAGAAGAUAUUACAGUUAGAAAGACAAUUGGAUGCAAAACAAAAGCUGGAGCUCCAAAUAGAGCAGUUGAAAGGGAAUUUACAAGUGCUGCAACAUAUGGAAAAUGAAGAUAUUGAUAGUAAGCAGAAGAUUGAUGACAUGAAGGAAGACCUCGAAACCAAGAUUGAAGAAUUGGAUUACAUACAAACUUUGAACCAGAACCUUAUCAUCAAAGAGCGCAUGAGCAAUGAUGAAUUGCAGGAAGCUCGCAAGGAAUUAAUCAUGGGACUGAAAGGCGCAUUGGGUGGGCGUUCUUUCAUUGGAAUCAAAAGGAUGGGUGAACUUGAUGAAAAGCCAUUUAGAGAAGCCUGCAAGCAGAAGUUUCCACAAGAUGAGCCUGAUAUAAAAGCUGCAAUACUUUGUUCUGAGUGGCAAGAGAAACUUAAAAACCCUGACUGGCAUCCAUUCAAAGUUAUAAUUACUGAUGGGAAGGAAAAGGAAGUUCUUGAGGAGGAAGAUCAAAAUUUGCAGAGCUUGAAGAGUGAAUUAGGUGAUGAUGUCUACCAAACUGUAAUUAAAGCCUUGUUGGAGAUCAAUGAAUAUAAUCCCAGCGGAAGGUAUGUUGUCCCAGAGCUUUGGAACUUUAAAGAGGGACGAAAGGCUACAAUGAAGGAGGUUGUGCAAUUCAUUCUGAGAAAUUAUAAGAACCAUAAGAGGAAGCGAUAAACCUCUAAUCUGCGACUUCGUUUGGACGAACUUCAUGCUGAUGCUCUGGUUUGCCUGAACAGAAGAUUGCCUGAUUUCUGUCUGUAAUUUUGUUCAACUCUGAUGAUCAUCAGUGAUAGAGAAAUUGCUAUAGAGUUUGUUUCCUUUCUUUGGUGACACCUUUGAUGCCAUGUAGUGAGGCUGGAAUUACUGACAGGUUUGUGCCAUAGAUGUUUGUAUCUAGCCUGUAAAUUUACCAACACUGCAAAUACUUUAACUGCAAGCUAUGGCAACCCCCUGUGGAACUUUCACCUUUCUUUCA